CCAGAACACUUCGGUAACGUGUGCACCGCGUGAAGAUUGGCUUGUGUGUGUUUGUUAUAGAAUGUUCGUAGUCAUAACGUUAGGAGUUAUUGCUCCUCAGUGAAACGAUUCUUAAUAACUGAGACUUUGUAGAAAGUUACACAUUACAAGCUUCACCAUUACUACAAUAUGACUGAGGAAGUAAAUCCAAAAGCAUAUCCACUGGCAGAUGCCACUCUUACUACCAAGAUUCUGAAUCUUAUCCAGCAGGCCUUGAACUAUAAACAACUGCGGAAAGGUGCAAAUGAAGCUACAAAAACCCUCAAUCGUGGUCUGUCAGAGUUUAUUGUAAUGGCUGCUGAUGCUGAGCCACUAGAAAUCUUGCUUCAUUUGCCUCUUCUCUGCGAGGAUAAAAAUGUACCUUACGUAUUUGUACGAUCAAAACAAGCUCUAGGUCGGGCCUGUGGAGUGUCUCGGCAAGUUGUGGCAUGUUCAGUGACUGUAAAUGAGGCAUACACUUAA